CGUGAAGUCAGGUGACGGGGAGCGGCAAUACCGGGGGGGAUUCGCACAACAUGGAGCCAUCCAUCAGUGAACAACCUCGGUCAUGUUCGUUAGUGCAUCAGUCUGGAUUUCCUCACACAUGCUGCUGGUAAAGCGCCUUCUGCGCUUGCAGGUUCCUCCUUCCCAUUCAUUUACGUCAGUAGCUGCUGUUUGAAAUAUUCAAACCAGCUCCGCUUUUACCGAGUCAUAUUGCGAGAAAGAGAGAGGCUGGAGCAUCAGGGGAUGAGCGGUAGAGACAAUGUGGGUUCACUCAUUCACAUUGUUGUUGCUGCGUUUCCACAUCACUGAAGGUGCUGGGCAACACUGUGACGUGGGUCAGUUUCAGUGCAGAAACGACCGGUGUAUCUCCUUACUCUGGCACUGCGAUGGAGAGGACGAUUGUACCGACAACAGCGAUGAGGAAAGCUGCCCUAAGAAAACCUGUGCAGCAACAGAAUUUACCUGUGACAAUGGUGAGUGCAUCAUGGAGAACUGGCGCUGUGACGGAGAAGAGGAAUGUGCCGAUGGCUCCGAUGAAGCAGCUACACUGUGCAAUAAAUUUACAUGUCCACCUGACAAAUUUGGCUGUGACAGUAACAGAUGUCUCCCAGUGUCGUGGCAGUGCGAUGGUGAGAAGGACUGUGAAAGUGGAACCGACGAGUUGAAUUGUACAGAUGAUCCGAAGACUUGCCCAAACAAUGAAUUCCAAUGUGCCAAUGAUAAAUGCAUUGCCAUGACUUUCGUGUGUGACGGUGAUGACGACUGUGGGGAUGGUACAGAGGAGCUGCACUGUCUUCCGCCCACCUGUGGACCCCAUCAGUUCCAAUGCAACAACUCCAUGUGCAUCCCCUUGCUAUGGGCCUGUGACAAUGACCCAGACUGCACUGACCGAUCGGACGAAAGUGUGGAGAGAUGUGGCCACAAGGCAGUGCCUGCAGGUGCCUGCUCAGCGAAUGAAUUUCAGUGCAACAAUGGCGAGUGCAUCCACCUGAACUGGAAAUGUGAUGGAGGCAUAGACUGCAAAGACAAAUCGGAUGAAACUGACUGCCCAAUGAUGACUUGUCAACCUGAUCAGUUCCAGUGCAGUGAUGGGAGCUGCAUCCAUGGAUCCAAACAGUGUAACCAAGUCUUUGACUGUCCGGACCACAUUGAUGAGCUCGACUGUGUGAAUGUGACCCCAUGCGAAGGGCUGCAGAAAUUUCUGUGUAAGAGUGGAGAAUGUAUUGAUAUGGACAAAGUAUGUGACUCGCAUAGGGACUGCUUAGACUGGUCGGAUGAGCCACUCAAAGAAUGUGGUUUAAAUGAGUGCCUGACUAACAAUGGUGGCUGCUCCCAUACAUGCAGAGACUUGAAGAUUGGAUAUGAAUGUGAAUGCCCAGCUGGCUACAAACUGCUGGACACAAAGACAUGUGGAGAUAUAAAUGAAUGUGAGGAUCUGGACCGAUGCAGCCAGAUCUGCACCAAUAUUAAAGGAGGCUACAAGUGCAAUUGCUUCCAAGGUUAUGAGAUGGAUCCAAUGACUGAAACUUGCAAAGCAGUGGGUACAAGUCCGGCAGUGGUUUUCACCAAUAGCCAUGAGAUUAGAAUGAUCAAUUUGAUGAAGAAAGAGUAUACACGUCUUGUACCUACAUUAAAGAAUGUGGUGGCUCUGGAUGUUGAUGUUGAAGCUGAAAAGAUAUAUUGGAUUGAUCUGUACUACAAAGAGAUAUAUAGUGCUCCUUUGGAUAAAGCCAGUGAUCCAAGCCAGCACAUUCAUCUAAUCAAGUAUGAUCUCCACACUCCUGAGGGUCUAGCAGUGGAUUGGGUUCACAAAAACAUAUACUGGACAGAUUCGGGUACCAGGUCAAUCUCCGUGGCAACUGCAGAUGGGACUAAAAGAAAGACCCUCAUCAGCACUGAGCUCGACAAGCCCAGAGCUAUCUCAGUUGAUCCAAUUCGAGGGUUCAUGUAUUGGUCUGACUGGGGUAACCCUGCAAAGAUUGAGAAAGCUGGCCUGAAUGGAGUCGACCGUCAGACACUCGUCACAGACAACAUUGAAUGGCCAAAUGGAAUCACUUUAGAUUUAUUGAACCAACGUCUGUACUGGGUUGACUCCAAACUGCAAGAGUUGUCUAGCAUUGACCUGAAUGGUGGGAACAGGAAACGAUUACUAUUUUCAGAAGAAUACCUCGCGCAUCCUUCUGCUCUCACAGUUUUUGAGGACAAGAUUUAUUGGACUGACAUUGAUCACGAAACUAUUUACUGUGCAAACCGGCUGACUGGAAAAGAUGUGAUAUCGCUAGCGAAUAACCUGUACAAUCUACAUGACAUCAUCAUUCUUCAUGAACUGAAACAGCCCAAAGUUACAAGCUUCUGUGCAGAUGGUGUUGCACCAAAUGGAGGAUGUCAGUACCUGUGCUUGUCAGCUCCCCAAAUCAACAUCCAUUCUCCAAAAUACACAUGUGCUUGUCCUGACAACAUGAAGCUUGGGCAGGAUAUGAGAAAGUGUUAUAAAACAGUUGAAAAGCUUCCAACUGUCCCCUCAGUGACCAGUGGCAAACCAACUGCGAGGCCUGGCACAGCUUCCUUCACUACCGAAGUUCCAGUAAAUAUAACCGUCACACCUGGUGCAACCAUUCUGUUCGGCGUCACUACAGGAGAUUCACAACGGCUCUUCCCUGGCAGCACUGACACAGACAAUUCAAUCCACAGGAACGGUUCCUCACUAUCAUCUGAUGACGGAAAGAAGUUGAGUUCGACUCAUGCCAUUGUGGGAAUUGUUAUCCCGAUAGUUAUCAUUAGUUUGGUGUGCCUGGGAGGUGGCUUGAUCUGGAGGAACUGGAGAAAGAAAAACACAAAGAGUAUGAACUUUGAUAACCCAGUCUACAGGAAAACGACAGAAGAAGAGGAAGUGGAGGAGACUCACAUUGGGAGAAAUGGACAGAUUGGCCACGUUUAUCCCGCACGAGUUGCACUCAGUAUGGAGGAUGACGGAUUACCCUGAGGCGUGCUGUGUUGCUCACAUUCACUCGCUCUGUAGGCUCCUCAAGCGGAUGGUGCAGCAGCUGGGAUGAUCAAGACUGGACAUGCAAUCACCUAAUGGGAAAAUUUGUAACAUCCAAAAGAUACAUAUUUUUAUAUUAGCCAAACAUUUUACACUUUAUAUAGAAACAAAAAUUAAUUGGAUGUUUUCUUGCUCUGAUGGUACACUGUACCCAUUCUUGGAAAACAAGGCCUUGACUGAAAGAGUUAAAUUCAAAUUCUUAAAGUUUGUACAUAAUUGUGGUGUCACC